AUGCUCCGCGGCGCGGAGCAGCAGGCCGCCAGCUUCUACGCAGCAGCAGACCAGAAGCAGCAGGAACUCAAAAAGCUGGAGAAGCUCGCGCGGGACCUUGCUGCGGCCUCGAAGGCGCAGCAGGAGCGGCUGCUGCUGAGCAAGAAGCCCGGAGACGAAGCAGCAGCAGCAGAAGCAGCAGAAGCAGCGCAGCGGGCCUCCAGAGGCCUCCAACUCGCAGCCACUCUCGCCAGCCACGCCAGCAACGCGCAGCAGCAAGCAGCAGACAUGAAGGCAGCAAUGGGCGAGCUCAAGGCCCGGCUGGAGAAGCGGCUGAAGCCCCAGGCAGACUCCGAAGACCCCCAGAAGGCCCAGGGGGGCCCCCAGGGGGGCCCCCACCCACAGGAGGGGCCCCUCAGCACCAAAGACGUGCUGCGCAAGUACACCGAAAGGGCCCGCGAACACUUAGACCAGUCCGAGCAGCACUUGGAGAGGGCCAAGGAAGUGAAGCAGCAGCUGCUGACGGUGCAGCAAACUCUCAAGGACGAAGUGGGGGCUUUGAAGGAAGCAAUGAGCCCGCAGGCCAUGAAGGACCGCGUGCAGCAGAUAGCCGAGGGCAAGGCCGCCGCGCCCGGCGCCAGCAGCAGCAGCAGCAGCAGCAGCAGCAGCGCAGCCAAGAGCAGCGGGCUCGCAGAAACUGUGGAGAGACGCGUGGCCCAUUUGCUGGCCCUCGCAGCAGAACUGACGCGGCAAGAAGAAGCUGCUGAGAAGACGCGGCGGGAGGCGCAGCAAGCUGCCAGCAACUUGCGGCUGGCGCGGCUGCGGGCGCUGCUGCGGCACGAAGCAGCAGCAGCAGCUGCUGCUGCUGAGGACGAGGAGGAGCGCCGGGCGCUCGCCGAGGCCGAGCCGGUCCCCGGGCAGGUGGCCAAGAAGGCGAAGCAGCUGCAGCAGCAGCUCGUGGCCUUCCAGCAGCAGCACGGCGGCGCUGCAGCACGCAGCGACUUGGCGGGCCACGUGCUGCAGCAGCUUGCUGCAGUCCUCGCAGCAGCAGAACACAAGUUCAAAGACCUGCUCGAGGUCGGCGUGCCCGCCCUGGAGGCCCACAUGGCUGCCACACAAGCAGCAGCAGAAAAAUUCCACGCAGAGAAAGCAACAGACAAGGAAGCAGGGCGGGCCUCGGACCCGAACUCAGAAGCAGCGCAAGGGUUUGCUGCCAGCGAGGCCGCGGCGCGGCAGCUGGCGGAGCUGCUGGUGUCUGUGACGGAAGAAGUGGAGGCCUGCGCGAAGCACGUGAAGAGCACUGUGGAGGAGCUGCAGAGUUUCAAGGACCAGAGCAGCGUGGCUGCAGCAGAGGCAGCCCGCAGCAGCAGCAGCAGCAGCAGCGCGGGCCGGGCGGGCCUGCGGGUGCAGGGCGGCGCGGCGCUGCGGCGGCUGGCAGCUAACAGCAGCAGCAGCAGCAGCAGCAGCAGCAGCUUCAAUGGGCUGCUGCAGCAGGCAGACGACCUCGCGACGCGGGCCACAGAGGCCCGCCCUAGAGGGGGGCCCCCGUUAAGGCUAGCCGCGGGGCUCAACUACCAAAGCCACUGCUGCGCUAAGGCUGGGGGGGAAGCCGCGCCCGGGGGGCCCCCCGGGGGUCCCCCCGCGGGCGCAGGGCCCGGGCGGGAGGGCUCUGGCAGGGGCCGCAGCGGCGAAGACAGCAGCGGCGAAGACAGCAGCGGCGAAGACAGCAGCGGCGAAGACAGCAGCAAGGGGGGAGCCCCCGAGGGGGAGAAGCAGCAAAAGGACAAGCUGAAGCUGUACCUGGCUGUGGGGCUGAGCAGCGGGCUGCUGGUGCUGCUGGGGCUGCUUUGCUGGGGGAUCUACGCGCAGCAGCAGCAAGCCAAGAGACGCAAAAGCCUCAAGCAGGGGGCCUCCACCACAAUCCAGCAGCAAACCACAGGGGAAGACGACACGGGGGCCCCCCCCAACUGCAGCCCCACGCGGGACUUCGACGAAAACAGCCACGGGGACUCGGGCGAAGAGCUGGGCAGCGAGGGGGGCCCCCCCGAGGGCCUCGGGGGCCCCCAGGGCCCCCAGGGCCCCCAGGGCCCCGGGGGCCCCCAAGGCCCCUGGGGGCCGCUGGAGGGGGGCCCCCAGGGGCCCCUGGGCCAGCUGGAGGAGGCCGCAGUGGCUGUGGUAGUGCCGGGGGCGGAAGUGGUGCUGGGGGACCUGGAGGCGGGGAAAGUGGACACAACUGCGCGGCAGUACUUAAUAGAUGAACACCACUUGGUGGCCCGAGAGCUCAGCAACAGCCUCCCGCCCAGGUGCCGCACGCCGCUGACCUACUUUGCUGCAGCAGCAGCAGGGCGUUCGCCGCGGGGCGAGGCGGGGCCUUCGGGU